UCCCCGCCUGGUCUCCACCUAAAGAGAAAGGACAGUGGAUUUUCUAAAUUAAGGGGAGAAAAGGUGAGGGGGACUUUCAAGAGAGGGAGGAGCGGCCACAACCGAAAAAUAUCCGAUUCUUUCCUGCCCACUGCCGGAGUAUUAACUGCCAGGCGUGUGGUGUUAAAGGAGAAAAUUAAAUAGAAAGCCAAGUUGACCGAGGAGAGACUGGGAGGUUUCCGGAUGCCGGGAAGGAAGGUUGUCCCUGUCUGCGUUUCCACCAGUGUGAAGAUUUGGAGGCGCCUCUAGUACGAGGUGUUUUUUUUUUUGGACCCGCCACCCUCCUUCUGCUCCCAUUGAAAGGAAACGCCGGCUAGCAGGGAAGUCCAGGAAAAGCCUCUGGACUUGGGUGCGUCGCAAUCCUUAGCUUUGGAUUUUAAGGACCUGACCAAGAAUUAACAGCGUUUCCAGUUAGGGAAUUUGAUGGAGAUGGUUUCAAGAUGUAGAACUCUUAUGUAUGAAGUGUCCUAAUGAAGUUGGAGCAUCUACGGUGAAAUUGCUUCAUGUAUUGAACUUGGAGUGCCACUGAAAUGCUAUAUCAUGAGCUUCUUGUGCUUCUAAUGUGUCCAGUUAAUGUUUUAUCAUAAAAGCCGUGAAGCAAGAUUGUGAUAAGAAGCUCAAAACAGAGCACUGCAAGUGGCAACCACCAGCAUGAGACCAUCAAGCCAAUCUGGAAGAUGACUAGAUUCCCUGAUGAGAGGUGCUGACUGUGGAAUCUUCUAGACUAUGGGGCAAAACUUUGAAUGCUGAUGUCUGGAAGUCCUGGUGAGAUGAGAAACACAGAAUGCAGCUUCCAAGGUUCAUUUCAAGCACUUGGCUUGUGGGACGCUGAGAGACGCUGCUGCCCAUGACAUGUUGGAAUUAUCAUGAUCAGCUAUCCAGUCUGGAUUUCACCCAGUGGUCAAGAGCUCUGCAUGGUGGACAGCAAGGGUUGGAAUUUCAAAAAGAGUAAACCAGGCUCCUGACCAAGGUGUAGACUAAGCGGUGGAGUCAUGCUUCACACGGCCGUAUCAUGUUGGCAGCCAUUCCUGGGUCUGGCUGUGGUGUUAGUCUUCAUGGGAUCCACCAUCGGCUGCCCUGCUCGCUGCGAGUGCUCUGCCCAAAACAAAUCUGUUAGCUGCCACAGAAGGCGACUGAUCGCCAUCCCAGAGGGCAUUCCCAUCGAGACCAAAAUCUUGGAUCUCAGUAAGAACAGACUAAAAAGCGUCAACCCUGAAGAAUUCAUAUCGUACCCUCUGCUGGAGGAGAUAGACUUGAGUGACAACAUCAUCGCCAAUGUGGAGCCAGGAGCAUUUAACAAUCUCUUUAACCUGCGUUCUCUCCGCCUCAAGGGUAAUCGCCUGAAGUUGGUCCCUUUGGGGGUAUUCACUGGGCUGUCCAACCUCACCAAGCUUGACAUUAGUGAGAAUAAGAUUGUCAUUUUGCUGGACUACAUGUUCCAGGAUCUGCAUAACCUGAAGUCUCUGGAAGUGGGGGACAAUGAUCUGGUUUAUAUAUCACACAGGGCCUUCAGUGGGCUGCUUAGCCUGGAGCAGCUCACUCUGGAGAAAUGCAAUCUAACAGCAGUACCAACUGAAGCCCUCUCCCACCUCCGCAGCCUCAUCAGUCUGCAUUUGAAGCAUCUCAGUAUCAACAAUAUGCCCGUGUAUGCCUUUAAAAGACUGUUCCACCUGAAACACCUAGAGAUUGACUAUUGGCCUUUGCUAGACAUGAUGCCUGCCAAUAGCCUCUAUGGUCUCAACCUCACCUCACUGUCCAUCACCAACACCAACCUGUCUACUGUACCCUUCCUAGCCUUUAAACACCUGGUGUAUCUGACCCACCUUAACCUCUCCUACAAUCCCAUCAGCACUAUUGAAGCAGGCAUGUUCUCGGACUUGAUCCGCCUUCAGGAGCUUCAUAUAGUGGGCGCCCAGCUGCGCACCAUUGAGCCUCACUCCUUCCAAGGGCUCCGUUUUCUUCGCGUGCUCAACGUGUCUCAGAACCUACUGGAAACUUUGGAAGAGAAUGCCUUCUCCUCCCCUAGGGCUUUGGAGGUCCUGAGCAUUAACAACAACCCACUGGCCUGUGACUGCCGCCUCCUCUGGAUCCUGCAGCGGCACCCCACCCUGCAGUUCGGGGGCCAGCAGCCCAUGUGUGCUGGCCCGGACACCAUUCGCGAGCGUUCAUUCAAGGAUUUCCACAGUACCGCCCUUUCUUUUUACUUUACCUGCAAAAAGCCCAAAAUCCGCGAAAAGAAGUUGCAGCACCUGCUGGUGGAUGAAGGGCAGACGGUCCAGCUCGAAUGCAGUGCUGAUGGAGACCCGCAGCCUGUCAUUUCCUGGGUGACACCUCGAAGGCGUUUUAUCACCACCAAGUCCAACGGAAGAGCCACCGUGCUGGGGGACGGCACCCUGGAAAUCCGCUUCGCCCAAGAUCAAGACAGUGGGAUAUACGUUUGCAUCGCUAGCAAUGCUGCUGGCAAUGACACCUUCACGGCCUCCUUGACUGUGAAGGGAUUCACUUCAGACCGCUUCCUUUAUGCGAACAGGACCCCUAUGUACAUGACCGACUCCAACGACACCAUUUCUAAUGGCACCAAUGCCAAUACUUUCUCCCUGGACCUUAAAACAAUACUGGUGUCUACAGCUAUGGGCUGUUUCACAUUCCUGGGAGUGGUUUUAUUUUGUUUUCUCCUCCUUUUCGUAUGGAGCCGAGGGAAAGGCAAGCACAAAAACAGCAUUGACCUCGAGUAUGUACCUCGAAAAAACAACGGUGCUGUUGUGGAAGGGGAGGUGGCUGCACCCAGACGGUUCAACAUGAAAAUGAUUUGAGGGUCGACCAUUCACACCACCAUCUCUGUGUCAUUGUUGGUAACCAGGAGGCGGCCUGGCACAGUAAAUGACUAGGUUACAAGGCAGCUGAGUGCAGCUGCCCCUGUGUCAAAGCAGGGUCCUUGGAAAGAGGAGGACUUCUUGUGGAGACUCCCCACCUCCAGGCAGGCAGCCAUGUGUCAGAGCCCUUCACAGUGGGAUACUAAUUGUUUGCAUUGCAAAUAUUGGCAUUCUGGGGAUCUCAGUAAUGAACCUGAACCUUUGGCUCAUGCUCAUGGACAAUUAUUCAGCAUUUUCUACCACUGCAAAACAACAGGAAAAAAUAAAAUAAAAAGAACCACCUACAAUGUAGGAUUCACAUAUUAAAAAGACACAUUUGUCUAAAACAUACUCUACAGAAAAAUUUGUAUCUAUGAUUACCAUUUGUUAAAGGUUUGCAUCAUACCAUACUGUUGGUUCAGUACCACAGAGAAAUCAAUAUAUUCUUUAUUCUUUUUUUUAAACAUAUAUGCUGUAUAUGUUUUAAAGCAAUAUGAAUGAGAGGUUGUGCUUUUAGUUACUCACCACAAUAGACCCCAGUGUGAUUUCACCUUCCUUUCCAUACAGAUAACCCUGAGACUAGAUCCCUGGAGUUAUGGGCAGCGAGAUGUUGAAGAUGCACUUGUCUGAUGUAGGUGCCAAGAAACAGGACCCGAGGCAAAACUGCUCAGCUCUGUUAACUUCUGUUACUAUAAUAAAGGCAUGUGCCUAGUUUUGAUACAGAAUGGAAUAUUUUUUAUACUUGUGAUAUCACACUGGACCAGUUUACUGUAAUAAAGCCCUUGGUUUCUCCAGACAGUGGUGUGCCACUAUUAGUCCCUGGGAGAUGCAAGGGUCUUCCUUCAUCUUGACGUCAAGACUUUUAUUUUCACGUCCGGGACUGUGCUCAGAGGCUGUUUGGUAACACAGAAUAUGUCUUGAGAUGUUCUGGGAAAGAAAAUAAAGUAUAUUUUCAACUGGAAAGACCUAAAGUAAGGUUGGAGGGAGAUACUUAAGUAUUUAAACCUGUUUCCUUUAUUACCAAUUUUUGUAGUUGCCAUUACUGAAGAAUCAGUUGUGCUCGCUGUAACAUCAGUGAUUUUUUUUUUUCAUGUUCCCUACAUCCUAGUCACCUUGACAUAGCCCACAUGAGCUAUUCCAAAUGGCAUUUGUGACAUGUGAACCAAGUAACAAAACCUUUGGGGUCAAAGCCAUUUAUUCUUUUCAGUUUUUAGGCAAAUAUUUAAUCUUAUUUAUUACUGAGAGUAAGAUCCUGGAAUCAUGGCCUAUGGCACUAGCAAAACAGGGUCUGAUUUUUCCAUUAACUUUCCAGCAUUGGCUAUGAGAACGGCCCCCUUUCUCCUGAAAUCUUUGAUUUCUGAUUGAGCAGAUGGAGUUAUUCUGCCUGUAGGUGUGGGGAGCCUGAAAGGCUUGGUCAGGCACCAGAGUGCGUUUCCAAGUACUUGGGCAAACUCCUGACACAAACCUCUCAGAUUUUCUUCCUUUUAUUCCUUACUCCCUUAAGAAAGAAAAAGAAAAAAAAAACAUAACCAAGACAGUGGCCCUCAUUCCUCAUUCUCACUCUGACAAAAGUAUGACAAUGCAGAAGGGACAGAUUCAUACUCUCAGUCUAUAAGAUCAACAUGAUAGAGAUUUGCCAUCAUGUUUUGCCGUUAUUUAACAAAAACUGGGUCUUGGGGCCGUCUAAACUGGUCACAGAAACUAGGAUUUGAAUGAAUUAAUGACAGGUUUUCAAAUCUGAAGUUAGUUUGUCGGUUUUGGAUGCAGUAAAAUGCAACUGCCUAUUUUCUUAAAAAAAAAAAAAAAAGAGAAUGUAAAGCUCACAGAUAAGAAUUUACAACAGAUUAUUUAGGAUAAAGUGUCCAUGGGGAAAAAAGAACUUUGUAACAGUUUUACUUUUCUAAAACAGGCCUGGAUCUGCUGGUCCUCUUGAUCAUAUUCCCGUAUUUCAGAAUAGUUCAGAAUAUGGGAAUUGGGUCAAGACAUUCUUUGUGUUCAAUUGUCCUCCCGUUUGCAAAGGUCUUUAGUACUUCUGCUUUCUUGCCUCAUUCUCCCUGGAGGAUCACUGAAUAAGGAGGACAUAAAGAGCAGGGACUGCUAAGUCCCUGAGACAGUCCACAGAGAGGAAAGCUCUGCAGCCCCCUCACAUUUGAGCCUGCUUUCCUGAUUCCACAAUUGAUGUGAUCCCUCCUCCCGCUCUGCUUUCCUUCCCUGAAGUCCCCUCCCGGCCCCUGUCAUACCUCAUCAAUGAGGCUCUCUCCAGGGAUGAGUCUUCUUUCAUUGGUACUCAAAAAUUCUUGGGUAACUGUUAAACUGGAAAUUGCUUAAAAAAAAAAAAAAAACCUCCAGCCUAUCUCACACAACACUUUAAAAGUUAAGACUUACCAUUCACAUAAUCACAAGCUGACAGCAAUCUGCAGGUUGAGUGAUUCUGAUUUUUUUCUCCCUUCUAGAAGCAGGUGGGUUGAUAUAAUGCCAACCUGAAAUAGAAGCUUUAUUUAUAGCCUUAGCAGAAUGAGCAAAGAGCUGGCAUAAUCAAGAGUGUACUGCAUAUUUAAGAAGGUUUUACCUUUAAUAUGCAAAAUAGCCAUUAGAAGACAACAAAAAAUGCAAAUGUACAUUCUACUAAAUUGGUUAACUAUAUUAACUACAAUAAAGUUUGAAAAAUAACUUC